AUGUCAGCUACUUUACCGGCGUUUACUGAUUUGAAUGCUACUUGGACAUUUAUUCAACCAGGUUUAGAAUUUAUAUUAGGUGCUCAAAAUGAUCAAGGUGUUACUUCAACAAUGUAUAUGAAUUGUUAUACGGCAGUUUAUAAUUAUUGUGUUAAUAAAUCAAGACGUGGUUCAACUCCUCAAUCAAUUGCUCAAAAUUCAGAUAAUAAUUCUUAUUCAUUAGCUGGUGCUGAAAUUUAUCAGAAAUUAAAUGUAUACCUUUCACAAUAUAUUCAACAUUUAAAAAAAUUAUCAACCGAAUCAUUUUUAGAAUUUUAUGUUAGAAAAUGGACAAGAUUUACAAUCGGAGCUGUUUAUAUGAAUAAUAUUUUUGAUUAUAUGAAUCGUUAUUGGGUUCAAAAGGAAAGAUCAGAUGGUAGAAAGGAUGUAUUUGAUGUCAAUACUUUAAGUUUGAUUAAAUGGAGAGAUGAAAUGUUUAAUCCAAAUUGUGAAGUUUUAAUUGAACAAAUUUUGAACUUAAUUGAAAAGCAAAGAAAUAAUUUAAUUGUAGAUACAAAUUUAAUUUCAAGUUCAAUAAAAUCUUUAGUUUAUUUGAGUAUUGACCCUCAAGAUUUAAAAAAACCAAAUUUAAUAAUUUAUGUAAAUUCAUUUGAAAAACCAUUUUUAAAAGCUACUAUGGAUUAUUAUUCAAGAGAAAGUAGUGAAUUUUUAUUAAAUCAUAAUGUUGUUGAUUAUAUGAAAAAAUGUGAAACAAGAUUAGCAGAAGAAAUAUCAAGAUCAAAUAAUUAUUUAGAAGAACAUACAAAAAAACCUUUAUUAGAUGUAUUAAAUGGUGCAUUAAUUGAAAAACAUGCAAAUGAAAUGUAUGAUCAAUUUUUACAAUUACUAGAACAAAAUCAAAUUGGUCAUAUUCAAAGAAUGUAUAAAUUAUUAUCAAGAGUUCCAAAAACAUUAGAUCCAUUAGCUGAUACUUUAGAAAAUUAUAUUAAAAAAGAAGCUAAAAUUGCUUUAGAUGCAAUUAAAAAACAAACAAUGACAAAUAUUGAAGAUGACAAUAAAAAGAAAGGUAAUGGAACCGUUGAACCAAAAGUUUAUGUUAAUACAUUAAUUUCAAUCUACAAUCAAUUUAAUGAUAUAGUCAUUAAAGCUUUUAAUAAAGACACAAAAUUCAUUAGAUCAUUAGAUAAUGCAUGUCGGUAUUUUGUUAAUAAUAAUUCCAUAGCAACUCCAAAACCAAGAUCACCAUCCAAGACACCAGAAUUAUUAGCAAAAUAUGCCGAUGGUUUUCUUAAAUCAAGUGUUAAAGAAACUGAUUCAAUUGAUAUGAAUGCUGAUAAUUUAAUGGUUGUAUUCAAAUUUAUUAAUGAUAAAGAUACUUUUGAAGAACAUUAUCGUCGUUCGUUAGCUAAAAGAUUAAUUAAUGGUACAUGUAAAUCUGAUGAAUUGGAAGAAUCAGUUAUACAUCGAUUACAAGAAGAAAAUUCAAUUGAAUAUACUUCCAAAAUGACUAAAAUGUUUAGUGAUAUGAAAGCAUCAGAAGAUUUAAAAUUAAAAAUCAAGCAACAAAGUUCAAAUUCAACAAUUGUCAAAGAUUUUAAUCCAUUAGUUUUAGCUCAAUCAAUGUGGCCAUUUAGACAUGUAGCUGAUUAUGAUUUAAAAGUUGCUGAAGAAUUACAAGAACCAAUUGAAAAAUUAAAACAAGUUUAUAUUGAGCAACAUAGUGGUAGACAAUUACAAUGGUUAUGGAAUCAUGGUAGAGCAGAACUAAAAGCAAAUUUAUCAAGAAAAGGUAAACCUCCAUUUUCAUUUACAGUCUCAAAUAUUCAAUUGAUGAUUUUAAUUGCAUUUAAUAAACAAAAAUCAUAUAGUUCUAAAGAGCUUCAUGAAAUAGUAGGUACUAAAAAGGAAACAUUUGAAGCUCAUUUAUUACCAUUUACAAAAUUUAAAUUAAUUGAAACUUCAACUAAUGAAAUUAAUGAUGAUACAAUUUUUACAAUUGUUGAUGAAUAUAAAUCUAAGAAAUUAAAAGUUUCAUUUAUUUCAGCUAUAAAAUCAAAUGAAUCAAAAAUUGAAGAAGAUGAAGCAACUAAAGAAAUUGAUGAAGCAAGAAAAACUUAUUUACAAGCUUGUAUUGUUAGAAUUAUGAAAUCAAGAAAACAAAUGAAAAAUUCCGAGUUAAUUAAUGAAGUUAUGCCAUUGACAUUAUCUAGAUUUAAAGCUAAAGUUAUUGAUAUCAAAAGAGUCAUUGAUUUAUUAAUUGAAAAAGAAUAUUUGAAAAGAUUAGAUGAUAAUACUUUUGAAUAUAUAUCCUAG